AUGGCAGAAGUUCAAGCCCGCGGCAGCGGCACAAGAGGACGAGGCGGGUUUCGAGGCGGCCGAGGCGGAUUCAGAGGCGGCCGAAAUCCCAGUAGAACACACCACAAAGCCGAUCACGAGCAGGAGAGUAUCCCUCCCACCACCCUGGAAGAUCAAGGCGAAGUGGGUGAAUUAAAAAAGAAAUUCGGUGACAAAGUUCCCCUGUUGAAAGAAAUUUGUCCGGGAUGGAGCGAUGAAGAUCUGGUUUACGCGCUGAACGAGACCGAUGGCGACGUCAAUGCCGCUGUCGACCGAAUCUCCAGUGGUACCAUUUCACAGUGGGGCGAAGUCAAGAAGAAGCAUCCAAAGCCGAAAGAGACUCCUCCUGCAUCAACCGAAUCUCCCUCUCGAGGCCGAGGACGUGGUAACUUUGAAGGUCGAGGACGAGGUCGCGGAACCGAACGUGGCGCCGCUAGAAGCGGCCGUGGUUCGAAAUCGGCUACACACACAAAUGGUACCAAGAGCACGAAGACUGCAGAUGAUUGGGAUCAUACCGCCACGACUCAAACUACUGAAGCCGUCGGAGGUUGGGAUACGGCGCCUACCAAUGGUGACACUCCCGCAGCAGACGACUGGGCAAAUGAGCCCGGCAAGGAUUCAUUGACAUCUCCGCAAACCGACGAACCUAAGCCUGCAGUCGCCGCGGCGGCGGCGGCGACUGCGAAACCGGGUGGAUGGGCCGGAUUGUUUGCAAAACCACCCCCAGCGCCGAAGAAGGCACCCGCACCGCCCCCUGUCACGCAGGAUGAAGAAACGGCGGCCGAACCUGAACCUACCGUGGAAGAAUCCCCCCCAACAGAGCCGGUACUUCCUCCGCCUAUUGAGGCAAUCCCCAGCGAAGGAGGACCGAGUGAGCUACCAUCUGCACCGCAUUCCGAUACAGGAAGAGAUCUGACGCCUUCCAAAGAUGAGCUGACCGAGAAGAACUUGGAAAAGCUGCCCAAUACGUCACAUCCACCUCCUUCUGCCACCGCAGCAAGUACAGUCGCCAGCACUCUCGACCCUCUCGCCGCGGCCGAGGCCACGAAAGUCCGACCCGGACCAAUCUCUGGUUACGCUGCCACGGCCCUGAAAGCGACGGGUGCAACAGGGCGAUCUGUCAGCCAUGCUCGAAAGGUCCUGGAGCAACAAGAAGCGGUGGUCAUGCCCGGGAACCUGGCCGUGGAGAAGACGUCCCUUCAAUUCGGCAAGAUGGGAUUGAAUGGACCUGAUGAUGUGGAUAUGGACGUGGAUGAGGACCGAGAGGAACCGGAAACCAGAACCCAGCUUCCAGAUGAUUCCCCGGCGGCUCCACGCGCCUCAUUACCUCCAGCUAUUCCCUCUGAGACGCAGCAGGCUCCUGCCCCGACUCAACCACCGGCGGAAGCCCCGUCGGCAGUGCCGAGACAAGCCCCCGGCCUCCCUCCGCUCUCCCAACAAGCGCAACAAGCCUCGCCUCCAUCCUCUUCGACCUACACCGACCAAUAUCGGUUUGGACAAGGACAGAAGCCGUACGAUCCUUUCGGUCAGCAACCUCAGUCCACGCAGACCCAUACCCAAGCGCAAGAACCCUUCUCCAAUCAAGUUCCAAAUCAACCGGCCACAGCGACCUCACAGGCCGAUUAUUCUUCCUACUAUGGACGCGAUGCAUACAACUACUAUGGAGGAUAUGGCCAUGGUCAAGACGGUCAGCGGACGGGCAGUACAUUUGGGACUUCAGGCCCUGACAGUCAAGGUCACUACGCCACCUCACGCCCGCAGCAAGGAAUGGGUCACCAAGAUGCUCAGGGUAGUGGACAAAACACGCCUGCGCCGGCCAUACCGAGUCACCACACUCAACAUUCCGGCCACAUGCCACAAAAUCAAGGUCACGGAUACCCCGGCUACGGCUACCCGAAUGCGUACAAUCAGCAGUACCCGCAAUAUUCGGCCUCUUACAUGAACCAAAUGAACCAUCGUUUUGGAUCGAAUCGACCCAUGUACGACGAUGUUCGUCGUCAGGACAACGACUUCUACGGCGGUCAGUACAGCUAUGGACAAAAUCAUUAUGGCAGUGCCUACAAAUCCAGCAUGUAUGGUCAACCCCAGCAAGGCUAUUCUUACGAACACUCUUCCUCUCCUGCUAAUGUCAAUGCUUUUGGUCGUGACGGAGGGUAUGGACGGACGGGAUCCGCUCAGCCUUCUGAAGCGCAGCAAAAUGCAGCCGGCAAUACCGCAUUCGGUGGUGUUCCUGAUCCAUUCGGUCGAAGUUCUUCUGGCUUUGGACAAACUCAAGGCAUGAAUCAACAGCACGGCGCACCCGGGAGUGAGGAUCCUUCUAAAGCUUCUGGUCCAAGCCCUUCGAUGCAAGGUGGUCGCCCCGGAUCUGCGGUCAACAGCCUGCCCGGUCAACAAGGUGGGUUGCCUCCUCCAUCUCAGCAUUCGGGUCAACAAGGUUAUGCUGGCUAUCCCCACUACGGCGGGGGUUUGGGCAACGUGUCGGGCCACCAAAGCACUCAUCAAAACACCGGAUACGGGGCCUAUGGCUCGAAUACUGGAUUUGGAACUUAUGGUGGUUAUGGAAGUGGCAGAGGAUGGACCGGCAGCUAUGGGUCGGGACAUUAA